AUACUGCGGAAGUAAAUGUAUCCGCAUCCGUUACGAGUACGACAGUGAACGACGCGUUGAAGUCGCUGAUUUUGUUAAUUUAUGUGCUAAUUUUGGUGUGUAUUUCAUGAUUCAGACAGUACCGAUGAUUAUCCCUCUCUUUUGUGAUACAACAUUACUAUCGGACAUGAUUAAAGAACAAUAAAACUCCGGGCCAAGUAUCACCCCUGUGCCGGUGUCCAAGCAUUUUUCCACGUAGCGGAGACGACCAAGCGAGUGCUCCAGUUGUGCCCCGGUCGAGUUAUUGCUUGAGACCGUAGGCCGAGUGACAGCGCUGAAGGCAGCGAAGUGAUCCCGCUCCAGCUGGCUCAGCUCUGCACUGCAGUUAUAAAUGAAUUGACAUUGACUUAAAUUUAUUUCAAACUCCGAUUUAUCAUCAGGAAAAUCAAAUAAGUUUCAUCUUAACAGCGGGAUGGAGUUUGGAACAACCUUUUCUGUUUUAUUUUGUAUUAUUCUGUGUGAACUUUGUUGUUUGUCUUGCUCUUCUUCGUCAGACAAUCACGAUAAUGGAGGUUUUUACACCAAUACUUAUGCAGUUCAUAUCAAAGGUGGACCUGCAGAAGCAGAAAGAGUAGCAAAGGCUCAUAAUUUUGUUUAUGUAGGAGAAAUAAUUGAAGACCACCACAAUUUUCUAGAUGAGCAUCACACUGUGAAACGGUCAGCAUCUCACAGUCAUGUAAGGCAUCAACAUCUCUCAGGGGAACCAAAGGUACUAUGGUUUGAGCAACAAAAAGCCAGGAGCAGACAGAAGAGAGAUUUAUUAGAUUUGGGAACAAAGCCUUAUAAUCCUCAUCUUAAUGACCCUCAAUGGCCCAUUUGGUAUUUGUCGAGAGGGCCUGGUCUAGAUAUGAAUAUAUUACCCGCAUGGCAGGCAGGGUAUACAGGAAAGGGCAUCGUGGUCUCCAUACUGGAUGAUGGUAUUGAAAGAGAUCAUCCAGACCUUGUAAGAAACUAUAGAAGGAAUGCUAGCUAUGAUGUCAAUGGUAAAGAUGAUGAUCCGGAACCCAGAUACAACUUCAGCAAUGAAAACAGGUGCAUAUCUUUCUUUUUAAUAUUUCACACAAAGUUCACUUUUCCCAUAAUAAUCAACUCACUUUAAUUGGUACCCUGUGAA